CUCGCUCUGAAUCCUCAGUGUAUAGCCUCGCUUCGUUCGUGUAGGUAGACUUUGCUUCGGAGCGGCACGGGUCUUCAGUAAUACAUCCUCUUUUGUUUUUCUAGAAAGUGAGUCUUGUAUAAGGCGCUGUUAGAAAAUACCAGCGGGCUUUUCAAAAUUCAAAAUGGCCGCGGGAUCAACCGAAACGUUUGCUUCAGCAUCUCAAGCAUUGGAUUGUUUCAAUGCCAGCUUACUGAAGCAAGGUAAAUUCUGGACAGCAGAGGUAUUGGCCACAGCAUCAACCGGCAGUUUUUGGGAUGACGAUCCAGAAGAAGUUGCGAAGAAAAAGGUGAACGAAUUGAAGCGAAAAUUCCACAGUGGCCGGCAACUUCAAAUCAAACACUUGCCGCGUGACGUAACGGAAGAGGUAAGUGGCAUCACUUCCUGCGGAUCCACGUCGACCGUAAUUGAGCGACGGGCAGAUCAGCGUAUGGGAAUGGAGAUCCGUGAGCUCCUGUCAGACUUUCCAGUGCAGUCGGUGCAGUUGCAGUGUGGCACUGGCUCAGGAAUGGCCCGUGCCGUGUUGGAGGACCCGGAGAUGCUGGAAGAAUGGGACCGCGACCGAGCGUUUCAUCUUCGCGGCCAGCGGGUGCCCGUUUCUCCAACCCCCACGGAGAUGAUGCUCUGCGUUGCACGCCUGCCUCUCACAUACACAGAGACUCAGUUCACUGCUCUUGUCAGAACAUACGGCGACAUCUAUCGGAGUUUCCUCAUGAUUAGUGAGAAGACAGGUGACAGCAAAGGCUACGGUUUUGUGGAGUACACGACAAAAGAGGCAGCUCUGCAGGCGAAGAACAUGUUAGACGGGAAGCAAGUGGAAAAUUGGAUUUUGUGCUGUGAUUGGUUGGACUCGAGUCACAUCACAUUUGACUCCCUCCAUUCCAAGUGCCUCUAUGUAGAUAAGCUACCAAAAGAUUUCCGAGACAUGGGUGAAUUCAGGAAAGUGUUUGGGUCUGUUGUGAACCCACCUUAUUGUCAGAUUGCUCUGAAAAAUGGCUGUCCACAAGACUGGGGUCUUGUUGAGUACAGUACAAGUGAAGAUGCAGAAAAUGCACAGACGACACUUAACGGCUUCUCCCUUCAUGGCCAAAGCAUUCGUAUCUGCUAUUAUAUCCCAGGUGUCCGGGCCAUCAACUUGUACCUCAAACUCCUGAAUGAUUCAGGUAACAAGGGGAAGGCAACGGGGUUACUGCCAGACCCACCAGCCCCUGCUGUGUUCCAGCAACUGCAGAACCUUGCUAAGCAGAAUCCUGUGUUUGCCCAGAGCCUGCAAAAUAUAAUCUGGACACAAAUUCAGGCACUGCAAACUGGCAGUGAGAAUGGCAAAAAGGGCAAUGCUAAUGGCGUUCCACCAGUUAAGAGUAAAGCUGCUGGCAGUAACAUGCCAGGGGCCCCCGCCGGCAUGGUUCCCGCCUCUGGCACUUCGUCAACUCCGCCAGCGCCAGCUGCAGACAAUGCCCAAGCGGCGUUGGUGAUAUUGCUAGCGGCUCAGAUGCAGGCGCAGAUGGGAAGCAAUCACCCGUCACUUCUUGGAAACCCACAGAUGUUAGCAACCUUACAGAACCUCAUCAGGCAGCACCAGGGUGUUCCAGGACAAUGCCCAGGUCCAGGUCAUGGACCCACUGCUUCAGCACCAAACCCCAGUCUACUUGCCAUGCAAGCAGCUAGCAUGACUUCUCCUGCUGCCUCACAUUACCAGUUUCCUCAAAACCAUGGCAGUGUUCCAGACACCAGAAAAGCCUUGCAUGGUAGUGGAAUGAAAAAUGGCUUUAUGAAGCCUAAUCCACCACAAAAAGUGCCAUUGUUGCCCAACCCAUCAACAGUCAGUAUGAGUCCACCUCCGGGCGAAGUGGCUCCCCGUCCGCCAUUCCCCAGCCCAGCGUUGGAAGAUGCGACAAAUGCUGGUAUUUUGGGCAUGUCUCCCCUCUCUGCUCAGGUUCCCAUUCAGGAUCCUACAAAUUUUUGGAAUGGAAUUCUUGGUCAGAUCCAGAACCAGCAACAGAACCUGAAUUUGCCACAGUUAGACCCAAACCUAGUUGUGAAAAAUGGUUUCUACGAUCAUGGUCUGGCAGGACACAAGACUCCGCUCCACACAGACAAGCCCAGCAACGCCCAUUUCCAGCAGCAAGUUGUGUCUGCUGCAAAGAAGCUGCCACCUCAUUCUCACACACUCAAACAAGGUGGUGGUAUGCUUUUCACAGACAUUUUUGCUGGAGACUUGCAGCAGACGAUCAGUACCUUUCUUAGCAAUCCCCAAAACUUGGACCAGAUCUUAGGGUCCUUGUCAAGUGCCAUUCAGACCAAUGGAACAGCUUCAGCUGGGAUACCUGUUCAACGCCAAGUUUUAAGCAAUCCUCCUGGGUUUACUUUCAUUGGUCAACCAGGUCAGAUGCUGCAGGCACUUCAACCUCCUCAGCCUCAAGCAGAGCAACCUUGGGCAAUGUCUGUGGCUCCUUCAACUACUACUGGCCCGCAGUCGAUAGUUACCAUGGCUGCAGCACGGCCAAUUCUAGGCAGCCCGGUAGCUGGCGGACGUCCCAUUCUCAGCACCGCAGUGCCUGCGGGCCGUCCCAUUCUGGGAAGUCCGGUACCAAUGGCAGUUCCCCAACCAAAGCCACUGGGGUUCCUCGAUGUGAAGGCAGGACAGAUCCGGCCAUCACCAUUCCAAAAUGGUUGGGCUCCCGGUACCUUUCUUACUUCACCAACAAUUCCUGGUGGCACUACUACACAGUUCGGAACAUAUUCUGGUCCAAGUCUGGUGCCCAGUUUAUGGUCACAUCCUGGAAGCCCCAUCCUCAUUGCCUCACCUCCUGGACCAACUGCUGCAGGGCUCAUAACACCAAUAGGACAGAAAAGGAAAUACAAUCGCUUGUUACCGUCACCUGAACCCAGUCCCGAGGGUAAUUAUAUCGGCCAGCAUUCCCAGGGGCUAGGAGGCCAUUACGCAGAUUCGUACUUCAAACGGAAGAAGAAGAAUUAAAAGAGAACUGACUGGACUCUAUUUUAUUCUGCCAUGUAUAAGUGUUUGCACAGUUUUUAAGCCUGACUUCUAGGUCUUGGCUCUGUAUUGGUGUUUCUUUUAUUUAAUAGCAUGUAAUCGCAACAGCAGUAGAACUGAGUCACUCAACAACAUAUUGAAUAUAGUGAGUGAGUAAGUUCAGGAACAGAAAAGAGAAAUCAUACAUGCUCAUUGCCCCCCUCCUCACCUUUCACCCAUUGAUUCAUGCAACAUUCAUUCCAAUAAUUCAAAAUGUGAAUUUAUGAACUUGAAUGUAGUGCAGCUAAAAAUGAAAGUGCCUUCAUUUGUGAUGUGGUAUAUUUUGUUAUUUAUUUUAGAGUAAGUCUCAUCACUGUUGAAGACUAACAGUUAUAUAAAAGAAGAUGAAAUGUUUAAAAUAAAAGCGAUAUUUUUGUUAGGAAGUGUAUUUUGUUCCAAAUAGUGGUGUGGCUGUAAUUUAGGAAUGUCCUCACAUCACUUUCUUUUAGGUUAGUUCAUGUGUAUUUGUGUGAUCUGGGGACUUCUUGAACACCUGUCAUGUCUUGUAGUGCUACCACAUGCUUUGAUAUUUUGACACUAAUAUUGUGUCGAACGAUCCCAUCGUACUUUUUACAUAACAAAGCACAACAGAUAAACAAUCUUGUUCGACUGUCUUCACAUCACAGUCUUCACCUUGAGACAAAUGUUACUCUUU